AGGGACUGGAGGGUGGAAGCAAAGCAGGGCUGUGUGGGCUUAUUCCACUGACUAACUAUCUCCCUGGCCCUUCUUCUGGGGAGAAUAGAUUGGAGAAAUAACAUUUCAGUUGGCUCUUGAAUGGUCGGUAGAAUCUGGAUCCAGGGAGACAUCUUUCACGUUGGGGAGCCAAGAGGAGCAGAAACUUAGCUCACAGAGAGAAAUAAGCAAAGGGUAUUUCGUGGGCUGAGGGGCUGUAGGGAGUCACCAUGUCAUUAGAGUUAUGCUAUUAAAAAUAACGCCAUUUAGACUCCUAAAGGGUCAUGAAUGGGAAUCUGGACUUGGUAUGGCAGAAGGAAGGAAACAAUGAAGUUCUUGAACUUUCUUGGAAGGAUGAUACAAUAAAAGUCGUCUUAGGAGGAGACCUCUGGAAACAUGUCAGAUGGAGUGCCUUGCGCCCGGUGUAGGUGAUUAAUAAAUGCUUAAUGAAUGAGUGGCUUAUGGAGAAAUAUCGUUGUUCUAGGUUUACACCUCCCUUGGCUUUGAGAAUGGAACAUCCCUUGGGAGGCCAGUUUCUGAUCUUGGAGUUCUUCCUCCUCCUGUCACCUCCUCUUGGCUCCCCUCCCAGCAUCACCCGAGUGACUGUGAUCUUGCUGAAGUCAUCCUGCAACGUGGCCUGCUUGGGGACCGAAGGAGGCGGCGUCUACUUCCUGAAUCCCACCAGCCUUACCUUGCUCGAUGACCAGACCCUCUACCAGGAUGAGGUCCUACAGAGUGUACCAGAUGAUUACAGGUGUGGGAAAGCCCUCGGGCCAGUGGAAUCCCUUCAGGAACAUCCUCAGGACCCCUCCAAGAUUCUCAUUGGCUACAGCCGGGGCCUGGUUGUUAUCUGGGACCAGAGCACAAGGCACAUUGACCAUCUUUUCUUGGGGAAUCAGCAGCUGGAGAGCCUUGCCUGGGAGCGCUGCGGCAGCAUUCUUGUGAGCUCCCACAGCGAUGGCAGCUACAUGAUCUGGUCAGUGAGUGACGACAGCGCCUGUACCCUCCAGCCCACCACCUCCACCAUCCCCUACGGUCCCUUCCCCUGCAAAGCCAUCAACAAAAUCCUUUGGCGCACCUGUGAGUCUGGGAACCACUUUAUCAUCUUCAGCGGGGGGAUGCCUCGGGCUAGCUACGGGGACAGACACUGCGUGACGGUGCUCCAGGGCCAGACGCUGGUCACUUUAGACUUCACUUCCCGGGUGAUCGACUUCUUUACCGUGUACAACACCGAGCCCAAGGAUGAGUAUGACAACCCCAGUGCCCUGGUAGUGCUGGUCGAGGAGGAGCUGGUGGUGAUCGACCUGCAGACUCCGGGCUGGCCCACGGUGCCGGCCCCGUACCUGGCCCCACUCCACUCCUCAGCCAUCACCUGCUCCUACCAUAUCUCCAACGUCCCACUCAAGCUCUGGGAGAGGAUCUUAAAUGUUGGCAAACGGCAGAGCCCCCAGCUCGCUUCUAUGAACUGGCCCAUCAACGGAGGGAAGAACUUAGCUCAAGAGCCUGCCCAGAGGGGACUCCUCCUGACAGGCCACGAGGAUGGAACCGUGCGGUUCUGGGACGCCUCAGGAGUGUCGCUGAGACCACUCUACAAGCUGGGGACGGCUAACAUCUUCCAGACGGACUGCGAGCACGCCGACAGUCUGAACCAGGCCGGCGAGGAGGAGUGGCCGCCCUUCCACAAGGUGGGGUGUUUUGACCCCUACAGCGAUGACCCACGGCUUGGUAUUCAGAAAAUAUCCCUGUGUAAAUACACAGCCAAGAUGGUGGUGGCCGGCACGGCUGGACAGGUGCUUGUCAUGGAGCUGAGUGACGAGAAGUCCGAGCACCAGGUCAGCGUGGCCACCAUGGACCUGUUACAGGACCGAGAGGGCUUCACCUGGAAGGGUCAUGACCAGCUGAGCCCCAAGAAUGGCUCCCUGGCCUUUCCCCCCGGCUUCCAGCCCACCGUGUUGGUGCAGUGCCUGCCCCCAGCUGCCGUGACAGCGGUCACCCUGCACUCGGAGUGGAACCUUGUUGCCUUUGGGACCAGCCAUGGUUUUGGACUCUUUGACUAUCACCGUCGGAAUCCAGUGCUGGCCAGGUGCACUCUUCAUCCCAAUGACUCCCUAGCCAUGGAAGGACCCCUAUCCAGGGUCAAAUCCCUGAAGAAGUCCCUGAGACAGUCCUUCCGGCGGAUUCGCAAGAGCCGAGUUUCUGGCAAGAAGCGGACCAACCCAAAUAGCCCCAACAGCAAGGUGCAGGAAGCCAAUGCUCAGCUGGCCGAGCAGGCCUGUCCUCAUGACGUAGAGAUGACCCCUGUACAGCGGCGGAUCGAGCCCCGAUCGGCGGAUGACUCGCUCUCCGGCGUGGUGCGCUGUCUCUACUUUGCUGACACUUUCCUCCGGGACGCUACUCACCAUGGCCCGACCAUGUGGGCAGGCACCAACUCAGGAUCAGUGUUUGCUUAUGCGCUGGAAGUGCCGUCGCAGGAGAAAUUCUCUGAACGGGCAGUGGAGGCAGUUCUGGGCAAGGAGGUGCAGCUGAUGCACCGGGCCCCAGUGGUCUCCAUCGCUGUGCUCGAUGGAAGGGGCAGUCCCCUGCCGGAACCCUAUGAAGUGUCCCAAGACCUGGCCAAGGCCCCCGACAUGCAGGGAAGUCACUCCGUGCUUAUCUCUUCUGAGGAGCAAUUCAAGGUGUUUACAUUGCCCAAGGUCAGCGCCAAGACCAAGUUCAAGCUCACAGCCCACGAGGGCUGCCGGGUUCGGAAGGUGGCUCUGGUCACCUUCACCAGCGUGGCCUUUGAGGACUACACAGAGAACUGCCUGGCCUGCCUCACCAACCUGGGCGACAUCCAUGUUUUCGCUGUGCCGUCCCUCCGGCCUCAGGUGCACUAUGACUGCAUUCGCAAGGAGGACAUCAGUGGCAUCGCGUCCUGUGUCUUCACAAAAUACGGGCAGGGGUUCUACUUGAUCUCCCCAUCGGAGUUUGAGCGUUUUUCCCUGAGUGCCAGGAACAUCACAGAACCUUUGUGCUCCCUGGAUUUCAUCCGACCUCAUGAUACCAUCUGUGUCAGCAAUGAUUACAAAGGGUCGCCCAAGCUGAGCCAGGCCAAUGGAACUCAUGUUCUGCCAGUGUCUGAGGGGAACCACUCCUUCCUUGAUGGAGCUGGAACCCCAGAGCAUUCCCAGGCUGCCCUCUCCCCAGCAUCCACAGACUCACCCAACAGCACAGAAAACACGCUGGAUACCACAGCUGAUAUCACUGUGGAAGAAGUGAAGGAUUUUUUGAGCUCUUCAGAGGAAGCAGAGAAAAAUUUGAGAAAUAUAGCAGAAGAUGACGCCCGAUCUCCAGGAAUCCUGAUCAAAUAAGGAGAGACGCUGCUGCCUGCGGCUCAGGCUUGGACCCCGGUGAUGAGGAUUGCAACCCACGGCCCAGCCAGGAGCCCCACUGUCCGCACACACCUGCCCUGUGUCCCUUGGAUGCUGUCCCUGUAACAUAGUUUUGUACCUUCUAACUGUGGUGGGGCAGAAGCACAGCGCCCUGGAUCCCCGCAACCCCUGCCUGCCCUUUUGCUCCCCCCCAACAGCUCUAUGAAGACUCUUCUCUUGGGGACCGGCAGAGGCGGGGAGCCCGUCGGAACCAAGGAAGGGCGCGCUCUGCAUGUCCCUCCCGCGGCCCUCACUGGCCCUCUCCCCCGUUCCUCUAGGAGUCAUGGACUGAAGGGAGAGACCCUCACUCCCUAACCCGUUACUCUCACACACACACACAGCCUCCCUCGGGAGCCAUGGCUACUGUUCUCUGCUUAGGCUACCUCAGCUUGCCCAGAAAGCCUGUCUGUGGCAGAGGGGCAGGGGUGAGCCCCAUGUACUCCCACCUUCCCGUGUGCUCCCCUUCCCCUGCAUCGGACUUGGUCCUCGGAGGAGCAUGGACUGAGGAGCCCCCAGCCCCACUGCUGCCUUCUUCCUGGAUCCCUGAUUCUGCCCUCAGGAGGCCCCCCUUUUCCACCUGCUAGACCCCCGUUCCUGAGGGAUUCCGGUGUCCCACAGGAGUCUAUCACACCUCGUACCUGCCAGAAGUGGAUCAGAGGGACAGGCCGCAGCCCCCAUCCCCCAGUCUGAAAUGUCAUUUUGUCUCCCCUCGGCCCUUCAUUUUUCACCUUGUCCAGAAGCACAAAUGCACCCAGUGGCCGCAGUGUCACCCCCCAACUCCUGAUCACGCCCCUUGAAGGGAGGAGUUCAGAACACCCGUGGGCCCUUCUUCCCUGACUUAUCCAAGGGGACGAUUGUCUCCUUGGGGAAACCCAGAGAACUGGGUUCAGAGAAAAGACUCCUGCCACCCCUCCCAGGACUUUCUGUGGCGUUUGCCCUGGAGCUGAGCAAAGGGAGUAAUUCCUGUUUACCAGGCCUGGGGGACUCGGGGGAGGGGGCUAGGAGGGAAGUAAGAGGAUCAGGUGUGUCACGUGUCAGGGCAGUCCCUUCCUUUGGAGGAGACUCCCAGAGGCUACUACUUAGUCCUGUGAUGGCCUGGGCUGUGGGAAGAGGGAGGAUGCCCUUUUCCCAGGCCAGCUUCUGGGCCAAACCUCAGGCAAAAAAGCCACUUUAGGAGGGGCAGGAGUGGGGAGGGGGGAGGGUUUGCGGCCCAGAGCCGGUCCCUGGUAGGUAGGAAUGCUGGAGUCUUCAAGGAUAGGCUUUCUUUUUUUUUAUACAGCCGAGCUUGCCUCACUGG